CCGUCCUCAAACGCCACUUCUACAUCACCGCCCCCUCCCUCUGAAAAUCCUCUCUCUCUGUGAAAAAAUUGAACUUUAAUUGCAAUAUGCAAUCACAAACUAUCCCAUAUGGAACAUGGAUUCCGGGCAGCCGGGCCGGCCACGCGACGCCGUCCUCACGCGAGCAACACGUAGCGGCGGCCAGCGUACAAAAACUGGUGUCGGAGAAUGCUGUCACGGUUGUCGGACGACGUGGCUGUUGCAUGUGCCACGUCGUCAAGCGACUGCUCCUCGGCCAUGGGGUCAACCCUUCGGUUUUCGAAGUGGACGAGGAAGACGAGACCGGGGUUGUCGCUGAACUGCGGAGACUGAUCGGAGCAGACCAGGAGGAUUGGCCGCAGUUUCCGGUGGUGUUUGUAGGCGGGAAGUUGUUUGGUGGUUUGGAGAGGGUCAUGGCUACCCAUAUUACAGGUGAACUUGUGCCUGUGUUAAAACAAGCUGGAGCUUUGUGGCUUUGAUUUUUUCUUCUCCUUUUCUUCUGUAAUAUUUUUGGGAGUUUUGCCCUUGUAAUUCAGCAAACUUUAAUCGUAUUCGGAUUUAAAAAAAAAAAAAAAAAAAGAGAAGAUUGACGAAAUACUUGUUUCACACGUACAUCUUCAAGAUUGACGAAACUUUAAUUGCAGAUCCUGUGAUCAUUUCUUCA